AUGAUAAACGAGCAAAUUUAAUUGGCCAGCGAACUCGGAGACGCGCGAACCAUCGCAAUGGCCGGCCGCCGGUCGUCGCCGCCGCGGCGGACGAUGUCGAUGGGUAGCGGCUCCCUCCCCCGCCGCCCCACCGCCGCAGCCGGCGGCGCUGGCUCCAUGCUUCCCGGGCUCUCCCGGUCAAUGACGAUGGGCGGCGGCGGCGUCGGCGGCGAGCGGACGGUGAGGCGGCUGCGGCUGUCGAAGGCGCUGACGGUGCCGGAGAGCACGACGGUGCUGGAGGCGUGCCGGCGGAUGGCGGCGCGCCGGGCCGACGCCGCGCUGCUCACCGACUCCAACGCCCUCCUCUGCGGCAUCCUCACCGACAAGGACAUUGCGACGCGGGUGAUCGCGCGGGAGCUGAAGAUCGAGGAGACGCCGGCGUGGAAGGUGAUGACCCGGCACCCGGUGUUCGUGCCGUCGGAGACGCUGGCGGUGGAGGCGCUGCACAAGAUGGUGCAGGGCAAGUUCAGGCACCUCCCCGUGGUGGAGAACGGCGAGGUGAUCGCCAUGCUCGACAUCGCCAAGUGCCUCUACGACGCCAUCGCCAGGAUCGAGAGGGCGUCCGACAAGGGGAAGGCCGCCGCCAUCGCCUCCGCCGUCGACGCCGCCGCUGGCAACGACCCCACCGCCAGCUCCAUGGUCGAGGCCUUCAAGGAGCAGAUGCUCAGGCCGUCCCUCUCUACCAUCACCACCGCGGAAUCAACGGUCGUCAUCGUGUCGCCGGGCGAUUCGGUGCUGACGGCAACGCAGAAGAUGGUGGAGGUGCACGCGAGCUCGGCCGUCGUCGCCGUCGGGAACAAGGCUCAGGGAAUCCUCACCUCAAGGGACAUCUUGAUGAGGAUGAUUGCCAAGAAUCUCCCUGCGGAUUCGACGCCGGUUGAGAAGGUGAUGACACUGGAUCCCGAAUGCGCGACAGUGGACAUGCCAAUACUCGAUGCUCUCCGGAUCAUGCAAGAGAGGAAAUUCUUGCAUCUCCCUGUCAUGGACAGAGAUGGAUCCAUAGUCUCCAUCCUAGACGUGAUCGACAUCACACAUGCAGCAUUCUCCAUUGUUGAAGGCAACGGCGAUGGUGCCGUGAACGAUGACGCGGCAAUCUCCAUGGUCCAGAGGUUUUGGGACUCUGCAAUGGCCUUGGGACCCCUAGACGAUGAGAUUGAAUCACAAUCCCAGAUAAGCGAGGCAUCGAGGUCGCAGAUGAUGUCGGACAUCCACAACGAGCAGUCGUUCUCGUUCAAGCUCCAGGACAGGCGAGGACGGAUGCACCGGUUCAGCUGUGAGGUGCAGAGCCUGACGCCGUUGAUCACCUGCAUCCUCCAGCGGCUCGGCCCCGACCUCGACCGCGACCACCUCCCUCAAAUCCUUUACGAAGACGAAGACCGUGACAAGGUGGUGCUGGCGUCCGACGACGACCUCACGGCGGCGGUGGACCACGCCAGGCUCGCUGGCUGGAAGGGCCUGAAGCUGUACCUGGACUACUCCGGUAGCUCCGGCGUCCGUAGGAAGAGCGUGGUUCCCAGCGUCGGGGUCGGGGGCGGCGGCGGCGGCCGCAGCAGUGGCGGCAGCACGGCGGUGAUGGACCUGUCGAGCCGGGACGCGUGGGCGGCGGCAUACAGCGGUGUGGCCGCCGGCGCCGCCCUGGUCACCGGCCUCGGCCUGAUGGCCUAUCUCCGGAGAGCUAGCUGAGUUCCAAGAGUUGAAGGUUUACAAAGUGAUCUUUCAGAAAGCUUAGACGGGCCGGGCUGGAAAAAAAAGCUGUAUGGUCAUGAAGGCUGGGCUGAGCUGGGCCAAAAGCCCAAGAUGUAUGAUGAAUAUCCUUAGAUGGGCUUGGGCUAGGCCCAUCAGAAAGGGGUGGAAAUGAAACCAUUGUGUAUAGAUGAAAGUGGUUUGAUGAAAGAUGAAAGGGUUAAUUGGAUCCAUGCCACUGCAAAUAGAGAAAAUCUACUCCCCGGUA